AUGCCAUCUACCUUCCAUGAUGACCUCUUCGCGCCCGAUGCGAUCCGGGACCCUUACACCUUUUUCGGCACACUCCGGGAUGCACAACCGGUGCGCUGGAACCAGCAGUACCAGGUGUGGAUCAUCUCCAGUUAUAAGCAGCUGGUUUGGACGGCGCGCCACCCGGAAUACUUCUCUUCCGAAGUAGCCCUGCGCGACACGCAACCGCUUUCCCCAACCAUUCCCGAAGAAGACAUGGAGUUGUUCGGCGCGGUCAGACAGUGGUUGGCCGCCAGGUUCACCCAGAACGACGGCGCCAAACACAAGGAACAGCGCAAGGUAGUACACGGCUUUUUCACUCCCAAAGCCAUGGAGUCGUGGCGACCUCUGGUUCGCCAAACUGUCAGUGCCCUGCUGGACGAUUUGCAGGGAUCAGGGCAGCUGGACAUGAUGCGCGAUUUUGCCACCCCACUCACCUACAGCAUUAUCGCUGGCCUGAUGGACAUCCCGGAAAGCGACCGCGCCUUCGUCAAAGAGUUGUCCAGCCAAAAUGCUGUAACCGACUAUCUCAAGCCCAUCGUGGCAGAGCGAGUGCGCGAGCCGGGCGACGACCUGUUGUCGGUAAUCUGCAGAGGCGAAAUCAUGGGAGCUUACACCCGGGAUGAAGUGCUCGCCAACGCCCUGCUUCUUCUGGUAGCCGGCCAUGAAACCACCAACGACCUGAUCGCCAACGGUAUCCUGGCGUUCUCACAGCAUCCCGACCAGUUCAAAAUGCUGCGCUCCGACCCCGACGGCCACAUCGUCGACGCAGUUGAAGAAAUUCUGCGUUACGACUCGCCGCUUAAGUCUGUGCAGCGCAUCGCGACGCAGAAUAUUGAGAUGGAGGGCGGUCAGCGCGUCGGCAAGGACGACCGCGUGCGGUGGGUAAUUUCGUCCGCCAACCGUGACCCAUCGAUCUUCGACAACCCCGACGACCUGGAUAUCUCCAGGAAUCCCAACCCUCACGUUGCGUUUGGGAGUGGAGUCCACCAUUGCCUGGGAGCGACCCUGGCUCGUUUGGAAGGGCAGGAAGCGUUCGCCGCUUUGGCCCAACGAUUCGAAGGAUUACAACUGGAAACUGACCCGGCCGAUCUGGAAUAUCUGCCCAGCGUCGGUCAGAGAACUCUGCUCAACCUGCCCAUCACUACCCGAUAG